AUGGGAAGUCAGUUCCAGGUUUCAACAGUUUUAUCAAAUGGUGGAGACUCAGUUUCAUGCCAGAAUUCAGAUUUGAUUUCAAAAACCACAGAGCCUACAUAUCAGCUUCCAGAAAAGAAGAACCGUGGCAAACCUCGAGUACAAUAUGAAGCAGAUCUUAAAGCCAAAGGGAAAUACCCCAUCAAUAAUUAUAUAUCUCUCAGCAGAUUAUCAGAGCCACGUGUGCACUAUGUGAAGAAGUUGGCUGACAUAACUGUCCCCAACAGUGUAACUGAAGCACUAGAAGACCCAAAAUGGAAAGAAGCUAUGAAUGAAGAAAUGCAAGCUCUCCAAAAGAAUAGUAAUUCAGAUCACACCCUGUUCUUGAAGCUUGAUGAAGGAAAACUUAUUGCAUUAAUUGUUUAUGUAGAUGACAUAAUCGUCACUAAAAAUGACGUAGAAGAGCAACUGAAGUUGCAAAAGUAUUUGUCUCAAGAAUUUGAGAUGAAGGAUUUAGGUGAUCUGAAGUACUUUCUCGGAAUCGAAGUACCUGCUGACACACCUAUUGAGAUGAAUCACAAGUUGUGUGAAGACAUGGACCAAGAACCAAUCAAUAAGGAACAUUAUCAAUGCCUUGUUGGAAGGUUAAUAUACCUGGCACAAACAAGACCAGAUAUUGCAUAUGUUGUGAGUGUGGUUAGUCAGUUUAUGCAUUCGCCUAGUGUUCCUCAUAGGAAUGCAGUUGAUCGAAUCUUAAGAUACUUAAAGUCAACCCCUGAGAAAGGAUUAAUGUUCUCCAAAAAUGGAGAUCUUGAAGUUGUUGGAUACACGGAUGCAGAUUGGGCUGGUUCUAUUACAGAUAGACGCUCUACUUCAUAUUACUUUACAUUUGUGGGAGGUAACCUAGUUACUUGGCAGAGUAAAAAGCAAAAUGUGGUUUCUUGGUCUACUGCAUAA